CAACGUCCCGCCACAGAUUUAUAACCUUCGUUUCUAACACGUCGCCACUUUAUCGCUGACAUGAUUGGAGCUAAAUAUCGCGAUCGUGGAAGAGGUGCCGUCAACAUGUCCUCGAGAAACAUUUCUUCAGAGCGUCGCUCGAAGUCCAUACUCAACAGAAAAAAGCCCGUAUCCGCAGGAACGUUGCCGCAAAAGACGCGAUCUUCGAAGGACGAGGACACUGUAAAAAGUUGCGCGACAAAGUCACGAGGUCUUCGCGGGCGGCGGCUUCUUUUGCGGAAGGAAAAUAAAAUGUUGCGCGACGACGUGAAACACAAGGUUCACUUGUCCGACGAGACCAGCGUCGCCAGCGCGGGCAACAAUGAUCCGAUUUACAUUUUACGGAAAGAGAUGCACGACUGGAGGAUAUCCGGACAAUUAACGGACAGAUUUGAGCGCGAUUGUCGUUUUACCGAAGACGAAACGGAGAAGAGUUCCGUUCAAGAAAACCGUGAAGCAGUCGUCAAGGAUUUAUCAGAUCCAGAUAUUCUUCACGAAUUAUCGAGUUUUACUGCCAUUGAUCAUUUAACGCGGCGAACGGAAAAUUCGAGUUCCCCAGAAACGUGCAACGACGGAGUCUGUUCUACGACGUCUCCAGGGGAGAUGACUUCCGUUCGUACGUGUUAUUGCAAACACGAGGAGAAUGUAGCGCGCAGGAAGGAUAAUGAUAUCAGAAUACACAAUGCGAAUCGACAUCCUGUAACUGUCGUAUCUAAAAAAUCGAUAGCCACAAAUGCAACUUGUGGAAGCGGCAGAGAGUCUUGUAAACGUGCGAGUCGCGUUAUUAACGAAAGAACUCUUGAUACUCACCGAUCGGUAGAAGUGCAGCCUUUCAAUUCCAUCUUGAGUCCCGAAACAUCCACCGCUCUUGAGAAUGCCGAGAAGAUUGUUAACAAUGCAAAGAUACAACUCAUGGAAGUCUGCGCAACGUCGAGUUUCGAUUCCGCACGACAGCAUAGAAAUACGUAUUUGGACGAGCCCCCGUUGGAUGAUGAGAUGGAAGAGCGGCUGUACAUUCGCGAGCUGGUGGCCUCCAAGUUUCAGGAUGCUUGCUCUUCAAAAUUAUCGGAAACGAACGACAAGACGAGCGCACGUUCGGAGAAACGUGGUUUUCCUCGUGUCACCGUUCGCGGGGUUGAUUUGUCGGCGCCAAAAUUUCGGAUGUCGCGACGACGACAUGCCGACUGGUCAUCUCUUGGAUACAAAAGUGACAAUCGGUCUGGUGGACGUGCAUCGCCUACCCGAGUGCUGUCGAAGGACACGAUCAAUAACGUGAACGUCGAGACCACAGCACGCGACGACGAUCGUGCUCGCCGGCGAAUGUUGUCAGCACGAGGAAACGAGUGUGAAAUCCAAAUAGGACCAUCGGUGCACAUUGUUGACCGGGAAUUGGUCAAACAGGAUCUGGAGGACGUGCACAUUUCGCCAGAGCCGUAUCCGGCGCAAAAUCGCAUGAACACGGCUACUUAUAUUCUAUCCCAUGAUGUUAUUCAAUCAUCAAAUACUUUUGACCAGUAUUUGGACGAGCCCCCGUUGGAUGAUGAGAUGGAAGAGCGGCUGUACAUUCGCGAGCUGGUGGCCUCCAAGUUUCAGGAUGCUUGCUCUUCAAAAUUAUCGGAAACGAACGACAAGACGAGCGCACGUUCGGAGAAACGUGGUUUUCCUCGUGUCACCGUUCGCGGGGUUGAUUUGUCGGCGCCAAAAUUUCGGAUGUCGCGACGACGACAUGCCGACUGGUCAUCUCUUGGAUACAAAAGUGACAAUCGGUCUGGUGGACGUGCAUCGCCUACCCGAGUGCUGUCGAAGGACACGAUCAAUAACGUGAACGUCGAGACCACAGCACGCGACGACGAUCGUGCUCGCCGGCGAAUGUUGUCAGCACGAGGAAACGAGUGUGAAAUCCAAAUAGGACCAUCGGUGCACAUUGUUGACCGGGAAUUGGUCAAACAGGAUCUGGAGGACGUGCACAUUUCGCCAGAGCCGUAUCCGGCGCAAAAUCGCAUGAACACGGCUACUUAUAUUCUAUCCCAUGAUGUUAUUCAAUCAAAUGCGGAUAAUAGAAUGAACAAUCCGGAAGUAUCAAAGAGGCCGAGAACACGGCGUGUGAGAUUGGACACGUUACAACGAGAGAAAUCGAUUGAGAAACCGAUUACCGAAGCUGCGACCGAAACAAUACCAGUAAUUCCUGUAAGCAAGUUGGAAAAGGAGUUUAAAGAUGCCAAGAAUUCUGGACGAGACGUCGAACGAAUUCAAUCCCCGAAAGUCCGAAAUUUUAGACAAGAGAAGAAGGAUCCCGACUCGCAGGAUGUCGAAAGGACACCUGAACGUUUAAGAAACACGACGAGUCAAGGAGCGACUAAUUUCGCAGUGAUUGAAACUCCACAGAUUGAUAGGAAUGAAAAAUUGCACAAAACGAGAAAUGAGAACCACGAGGGAAUUCUUUUUUUAUCCACCGCCGGCGGUGAUACGCAAAUCCGUUACGCGGAGGAUGACGGAAUAUUCUGUAAGAGAAGUGUUGACCAUCAGCGAAACGUCGAGAACAUUGUAGAUAAGAUCCAGGUGGAGGAAAACCGAAGCGAUCGAUCAACGCCGUCGCCUGGCGACGACAUUUCAAGGACAGCGGGUUUUCCUCGACAGCGCGAAAAUAUAAACGCUUCGCGUUGUCGACAGGCAGAAAGUUCGAGAUCUCGGACGAUUGAUAGACAUUUUUCGCACACAUUCAAUAGUCAUGACGGACAAGAUGGGCUGUACGUCACUAAUAAAGACAUACAACGUCGAUCUUUCGCUCCAGACUAUACGGACGUUUUCCGAGAAACAAUUUUUGCGGAGAACAAUUUGGAUGAUAUCGAUUUGUAUCGACCGUGUCUUAACGACUUGGAUUCACUCCUGCGUUCCAACGACAAGAAAAUCGAGCAUGUCACUCGAGUGACCAGAAAUCUUUCGGAAUUACUAUCAGAUUCCAAAUUCGCGAUAUACAAACUGGAUGAAGGCGAGCUAGUGUCUCAAGACACGGUGAAAUUUUGUCGGAACUCGCUAAACGAUAAAGAUGGCGAGUAUCCGUUGAACGAGGCGUUGAACAAGGCAGCUCGAUCAUCACUUUUGGAGACUGAAUUAAGAAACGAGGAUCUGAUCAUCUCAAAAGUACAUCGAACCGACGAUCUGCAGGCAGCAAACGCGGCGGAGACGAAAUCGUCGGCUUUCACGAAGGAGGACGGUUCUCGCAGUAAUUACUCGAAGAAUUCCGUCGAAUCUAGCGUGUUUCCUGUAUCGGAUGCCAAUGACAGCGAUAGAACUCAACGGUCGCCGACCAAAGCGUACUUAUCGGAAUCGUCGAUGGACAAAUCGGAUGUCACGACAUUUUCCAACCUGGUACCAACGUUAUCCAGCACACACACGGAGGCUCCGUGUCGUCAUCAGAAGAAGGAAGUCGCCCGGAAUGAUCGUGACGAAGUCACGUCUGCGAGGAAAUUCUCGGAGCGCAAGAUCCGUCGUUCUGGAAAGGAAUACACCGAUGACAGAAUUUUCGCGCGGUUUUUCCGGAAGGACACGUCCCAAGCGGCAGACCGGUUUCUUGCCUACAUCCUGCAGGAUGAAAAACAGAGCAUCGAAGGAAAGGUUGUGAGCGCCUUGAAGGAGUCGGCGGUAACACCUGCAGCAAUUCAGAAGCUUCUGGAUCAUUUGCGCGAGGCUGAAUCGAUCCGCGACGCGCGUCAGUCGGAAACCUUGGACAUUCUGAGAAAUAUCCUGAUUAACGUGAAAAGUCAGUCCGAUCAAGGAAACGCGAACGACAGGAAAUUCUUUCAAAACGUUUCCGAUUCCUUGACUCGUAGCAACGCUCCGCCGAAUGCAGCCAACGAGUCGCGAGAACAAAGCGUGCAACAGACGCCAGUAAAAAUUGACGGGAGCGAAGUCGAGCAAAAUUUUACCAAAAAAUCUUAUGAACUUAAAGAUCUCGGCGAGCACUCCUCCGACUUAUCUGAAUGUCGCGAGACGAGAGAGAGCGUUCGCUCUACGGCUCGUUGCGAGUCUACGCAACAUUUUGCGAAUAGCAAGAAGGACAUAGGUCGGACGGAAAACGCGGAUGUGAUGAGGACUGUUUCGAUUGAUGUUAAAAAUCAAACGGACAAAGACAUCAAUGAGAAUAAGGAGGAGACAUUUCCUCGGAACGUCACUGGUUCCUCGAUUCGGACGAACGCUACGUCGAACGCGAAUGAGGAGACAAUUUUGCGAACAGAAAAUAAUACGAAUGAUACUGGACAAGUUACUGGGAAAUCUAACGAUUUAAAAAAUCCUAAUAAAUAUUUCUCUCCCGCAAUUCCGGAAUCGAGAGAAAGUGUUCAUUCCGCAGUUCAUUUCGAGACUGGUAAAAAUUCGAAGAAUAACAGCAAGAAUAACAAGAACAAUAACAGCAUUGGAAACUCGUGUUCGGAAGCCGAGUCGUUAAAACAGAUCUCCGAUAUCCGUAGCGACGACAAUGAAAAUCCCGAGGAGAAUUCCGAGCAUUUGUCUACGAAGAUUCGAUCUGCAAGAUCGAAAGGGGGAAGCGAAAUGGAAACUGUCGAUUUAGUUACCGGAAUCUCGGUAUCCAAAAAUAAAGAUGAUAUAAUUAUCGAAAAGCUUGAAGACGAUAAAUCGAAGGAUGCUGUGCAGAUUGAUAAAAAUCAAUAUAUAAAUGAAAUUGUCACGCAAGCCGAUCAGGUGAUCGAAGCGCGUUCAAAUAUCCCUGAAGAAGCUGUAAAAGAAAUUACAAACGGAAAAACGCAAGAUAGUACGGCAGGCAAAAGAGUAUUGUUCACAUUUGCAGAAGUUUCGGAGACAAAAAACGAGCGAGUUUUUUCGGAUGCAAGCCCUGCCAAAUCGAAGUUUAUUGAUGAAGAUGUGACGAAAGGAGACAUUGGUCUCAUACAUUUGUCGGCGAAGGAAAACACUGGAUCUUUACGUGAAGCGAAAAUUGAUCCUCAACAAGAUAUGGUUAAGAAAAAGAACUCUGCGGAUAGUAAUUGCUCAGCCGAAUCUCCACGAGACUGUGCUUUGCUAAAAAAUAGCGAGUCAUCCUCGCGGGAAGUCGCGUCUUGUAACAAGCAAAUUUCCUUUGAUAUUGCUGGAAAGGAUAAUUCGACAAGAGAUGUGAGAAACAAGGAAGCUUGUAAAUUGAUGACGUUCGCAGUGGUUGAAAACCGCAGAGACGGAAAUGAGAUCUCAAAGUCUCAGAAAACUGCGACAAGCGAUAACGAGCGGCAGCCAAUUGAUUUGACAAGCAUAUCACGAAAGUAUAAGAUAGAUGUCUUGUCUAGCUCUAAUUCCAGCUCCGAUAACGAGCGGCAGCCAAUUGAUUUGACAAGCAUAUCGCGAAAGUAUAAGAUAGAUGUCUUGUCUAGCUCUAAUUCCAGUGUCAGCAGUACCUUGCUGGACCACGACGACAGAUCGACUAAUGGCGCGUUGAGUGCAGAUGCGAGAAGAGUCGGGACUACCCCUGAGACGUCUCAUUCUGAGGGAGAACUGUACAUGCCGAGCUCGUGCUCGUAUUCCCUCGGCGAGGUGCGCGUCUUAAGAAGGAAAUACGAUUUGAUCGAGGAUAAUACGAUGGAUCGUGAUAGUAGUAUGAGGGUUUUCGUCACCAGGAGUAUGCUAACAUCCUUGAACGAUUCCACGAUGUCUCUUCUGGGAAGCUCCGAACGUAUUUAGAAUGAGCCGCAGAUUCUACGGCGAGACGCGUGACACUUCGACUUAUCAUAGAUGACAUUCUUUUCAAUUUUUACUUAUAUUCGAUUUUUUACUUAUAUUGCGAUAACGAGCUGUGCUAUCGAUUGAUA